GAGUAUGUGAGCCGGAGAUAGUAGAGAGCAGAUGACGUCCUGUUGACAGCAACCAUGGCAGGCCGGUGGACGCUCACCUGUGUUAUACUCUUACUUACUGGUCUAGGCUCUACCUACGGCCUCUAUGAAGACCAGAUAGGCAAGUUUGACUGGGUUCAACAAUAUGUCGGUGUUGUUGAGCAUGCUGUGUUUGAUGAGUCCAGCAUGCCUGCACGGCGAAUUAUUGUGGCCACUGCACAAAAUGUAUUGGCUGCUCUUUCAACUAAAAAUGGUGACAUAGCAUGGCGUCAUGUUAUGGAGACUUCAGACUCGGGAAAGGUGGAUCUACUAGCUAGUGAAGGACCACAAGUGAUAACCGUGGCAGGUAAUCUUUUGCGAACCUGGGAUGCAAUCUCUGCAGCACUCAAUAUAGAAAUACAAUUAGACCAUUCCCCAGCAGCUGGUGUUUUUCAGCGAGCAGUAAGUCUUACUGAUAGUGAGGUAGUCUUGGCUGAGCUCAUUGCUGGAUCUGUAAUGGUGACAACAUUUGACCGAUCAUCUGGUGCAGCCCUGGACCACGAAACAAUUGUGGCACCCUGGUUAAAUGAGAAUACCAAAUGCUCAUCCAUAGACAAGACACUAGUAUGUUUGGAGUUGUCUUUAAAUUUGGUGUUCACCCUGCCAUUGACUGCUGCUUCACCAGCCUUCUUGUCUCAGCCUCUGGCUUCAAUUGGUUUGGAGGAUCCUGGAGCUAAUUCUCAAGUUACUCUGCAGAAGGUCCCUGGAUCUACUAGUCAUUUAGUUAUUCAGGUGGCUGGGACUAGGAAACUAGUCCAUAUUCAUGAGGAUGGACUUCAUCUUGUAUUGGAGCUAACUGGGACGAAGGCUUCUUCCAUAACAGAGGGAGUUUUGUAUACCAUAACGCAGACAGGACGGUUGGUGACAAUAGAGGCAGUGGAGUUAGAGUCGGGUAAUGAGCUUGGUGAGCAGGGUGUGGUAGUGGAGCUGCCAUUCCAGUCUGGCACAAUUCUUUCGCUUGCUGUCUAUCGCUUUGAGAGACGAGAUGGAGGCAUGGCUCUUCGUGCAUUUGUUACCUGUUCAGAUCAUGCACUUCACCUUAUAAGCAGUGCAGGAGUUGUGUGGUCCAGAGAAGAAGCAUUGGCAUCAGUGAUUGCAGUUGAAGCAGUGGACCUUCCAGUGGAUGGAGCAAAUAUUAACUACCAUGAACAGUUGCCUCCUCGAACAGGCUUGGUUGGCAGCCUCGUGCAUCGAGUCAAGACCCAAUGUUCUCAAAUUGCUCAUUGGUUUAGCUCCAUGGUUGGAAGUUCAGAUUCUUUCCAGGCAUCUCUUCACACUCUUAAACGAGAUGAACUAAACCUUCGAAAACUGCUAGUAGUAGCUACAGGCAGUGGUAAAAUAUUGGGGGUUGACAGCUGGAAUGGAGACGUGGUGUGGAGCAUUUACCGGGCUCAGCUAGCACCACUUCAGGGUAGCAAACUUUUGCUUUACUCGCAGCGUACUUCGGCACACUUCCCACACCAACCGCAGUGUGUUGUGGUUGGUAGGCACAGGGUGACGGGUGAAGGCCUCCUUGUUGUGUUUAACCCCAUCUCUGGUACAGCCGUAGGGGACAGAGGGGAUGUUAUUCCUCUGGGUUAUCAGCUGAGUCAGGCACUGCUUAUGCACCAUGCAGAUGAGCAAUAUCUCAAGCCUCUGAUGUUGGUGGAUAAGUCACUUGUGCCCCGCAUGUUCCCAGCCAGCGGAGAAAAGGUUGUGUUGGAACACAAACAAUCCAUCUUUCUUCACUUGACUCAUCCUGGUAGCAGUGUCCUUACUGGAUACUCACUCAGAUUUUCUCAGCCAGGGGCACUGACCCUUACAGAAGUGUGGACAGUUUCGUUAGGGGGUGGACCAAUUACAGGCGUGUAUGGAAAGCUUGCCUAUGAGAAAGUACAUUCCCCUGGACGAGUUUUGGCAGACCGUUCAGUGCUGUACAAGUAUGUUAACCCCAACUUGGCUGUUGUGACUACGCAAGGUUAUGAUCACAUUAACAAAAAUACAUUGACUUUGUAUCUUGUGGACACAGUUACUGGGGCAGUAAUUGAAUCUGUCUCUCACAAGAAAGUAUCUGGGCCAAUUCAUAUUGUCCAUUCAGAAAACUGGGUUGUGUACACCUGCUUCAAUGAUAAAUAUCGACGUUUUGAGGUGACAUCUCUGGAACUAUUUGAAGGUUUGAGUCAAGCAAAUGCUACGGCAUUUUCUUCGUUUGCGGGUCGUGCAACUCCUCCAAUCUUGGAGCGGCAGGCAUACAUCUUGCCUAUGGGAGUACAAGCCACUGCACAUACCACAACAGAGAAAGGAAUUACAACUAAAUUUAUCUUGUUUGCUUUGCAAUCUGGAAAUGUUUUGCAGAUGUCAAAAUGGUUACUUGAUCCCCGUCGUCCUAUGACUGGUGGGCCACGGGAGGAGGGCCUUAUGCCGUACAUGCCAGAAUUGCGAAUUUCACCACACGAGAUGAUCACCUACAACCAUACUCUCCCUCGUAUCUCGGGAAUUUAUACUUCUCCCACUGGACUGGAAUCGGCUUGCUUGGUUCUUGUUUAUGGUUUAGAUUUAUUUUACACACGGGUGUUCCCAAGCAAGAUGUUUGAUGUCUUAAAAGAUGACUUUGAUCACUACUUGAUUAGUGGAGCUCUUCUGGCACUAGUUGCUGCAGCUCUAAUCACAAGAAAAUUGGCUCAGAAAAAGGCACUCAGACAGGCAUGGAAAUAAUAUUCAUAUCCAUAACUGUGGGAAAAAUACAGUGCAGUAUUGACUUUUGUAAUAAUUAAUCUGAUAAAGAACUAAUGUUAGAUAUGUACUUCGAGCAUAUUGUGAUGCUUGAUUAUCCAUCACAUCCCUGUAAUGAAUUUAAUUCUUGGUGUCAAGUUAUGAAAGAUAAAAAGUACUUUACUCAGUUCACGGCUUGAUGUAACAAAUUCUAGGUAAUGUGCUGGGUGUGUGUAUAUUUAUAUAAAAUCAUUCUAGCUUGUAUAGCUGUUGUAAGUAAUUAUUGAAACGUGCUGUGCUAAAAUAUGUACACAGUUUUAGUGUGUAAUAGGUAGUUUCGUAAUAGCUAGGCACUUAUUCUAACUUUAUAUGGUUAAUUAAUUCUUGAGUUUAUGGUUAUCUACACGGUGUAAAAAUAUUAUAAUAUCGAUAAACUUGAGGGAAUACAAUUUUUUUUUUUUUUUGAGGGGCGGGGGCAUAAAAAAUGAUCAAAAUGUAUGUAAUAUAUUAUUUUAGUUAGAAAUUUAAAUGUUUAAUGUAUUAUGUACAUGUGCAUUACUGGAAGUUUUAGAUUAGGAUUAUAAUGUACUUUAUUUGUUGUAAUUAUCUAAAAAAAUUUGUAAAUAUUUUCAAGGCACUUAAUAAAUGAUAAAUGCUUGAAUGUA